CUGUUUAUACCUUUUUUUGGGAGAAAAUAACUAGCACGUAUAUUUUGAGCUCCGACCGCAGUUAACUUGUAUCGUCGGAGAUGGCAACCGAUGCAGAUAUCGUAAUUCCAAUACCGGUGUGUGAAGCAGCGGCUAGACUUCUAAUGGCGACACCACUCUCUAAAGAAGAAGAAACGGUUACCUCAAAGAAGACUUUGAGUGAGAGGCAUGGAGAUGUAGAAUGUCAGUCUCAUAGCGACUCGAAGCGCGCUGAGGAGAGCUCACCCGUGCAACUUGAUGACUUACAAAUAGAAGAUGUGCAUAAGCAAAAUCUUGAAGAAUCUUUCCAUCUAUCUCCUGAAAAUAUUCAAGACAGCGUAAAAGCUCCUCCAGAGGAGCAAAGCAUAAAUGUAACUCCACAUGGAGACACAAUCAAGGCAAUAGUUUUUGCAACAAUAAAUGCAGAUGAUAAGGAGUCAAAUAUCCAAGUGACAAUAACAGACAACAAAUCUGUGGAUGAGAAACCAACAGAAGAGGAUAUUUCAUGUAUUCUCACAAAUGAAGUCUCUAAGGAAGGGGAAUCUGACCUCAAUCAGAUGAUCGCGGAACAGGAGGAUUUGGAAAAUAAUACAUCUGGAGAAACAAUCAAAACACUUGAGACUUCUACUAGUGACGAACUACAGAUAAGUGAUGAGCCUGUGACAACUUCAGUAGAUUAUGGAGUUCCCUCAGAUAAUACUUCGAGUGAGAGUCACGCAGACGUAGAAUGCCAGUAUAAAACCUUGGAAGAUGCUGCUACAAGUCAUAGUGACAUAAAGGUUACAGAAAAGUCUAAGGAGAUCUCAUUUGCCCCAGUCGAACACUCACAAAUAGAUCACAAUGAGCAUUUGGAAGAGGAAAGCGAGAGGCUGCCAUUGACAGAAGCGUCAACAUGGGGCACCAACGUCUCAAAAGACACAUGUGAAGCCAAACAACAGGAUGAAGACCACAAAGAAGCAACAUUGUCUGAAAGCGAGCAAAGUACAAAAUGUACCUUGGUGACAGAAGGUGUGCAAAUAGAAAAUACUGCAGAAUCCUUGAAUGUGCCCCUUGAAAAUAUUAGAGUUUCUAAUAUUAGCCAAGAAAACAACAUUGAAUUUCUUCCAGAUGAACAAAGCACUAAUGCACACCUGCAUGGAAACAAAAUUAGCGCAAAGGAAGCAACAAUUGAUGCAGCUGAGGGACAGAAGAACGGUCGUGAGUGUUUCCUGCCAAUUGUUUCUGGUUCUCCCAAAGAGGAAGUCACAAGUAACUAUAGGGAUGAAACAAUAAUUGAUGAGGUUGACAAACACGAGGAAGUUAGUGAGAAUCUGUCUACAACUGUUUCGACUGAGGAUGCUGAAGGAAACUCAUUGGUCGAACUGGAAGGUUCAACAACUAAAAAGGAAGAUGACUCGAAAAAGGAAAGCGACGAAACACUUUUGCCACUACCUUUGGCACUAGAAGUCAGUGAAGCAUCAACAUUUUUGCAUGAGGCUCGUGUUGAGGAUGGAGAACCAAAGAAAGCUGAGUUUUGUGCUGAUGAGAUGGAUGCGGAGAGUUUGCCACCGAAGACAGAAUCUACAACAGAAGGAGAUGUGCAUGUAGAUUCUGAAGAAACAAAAGUACCUGAUUCAGUAGGCAAAAUAUCAGAAGGUGGAACAGUUGAUGCAGAAGCAGAAAAGGAAGAAAAUGUUGAGAAUGUUCCAAUAAUUAUUCCAAAUGAGAAGACGGAAGAGAAUUUAUGCAUCCAUGUUGAUGGUCAAGAAACAGAAAAUGAACAACUAUCCUGGAUAAAUGAUUACCCAGCGAACGCCAGUAAUGACGAGGUAAUUGUCAAGGACGAGGAACCAAGUGGAGAAGAAUUGUUUGAAAAGGACAAAAACACUGAGAGUGUUUCGCUGACAGAAGAAGUGGAGAGCAAAAAGGCUGCAGAAUCCUUACAUGCAGCACUCGAAGAUAUAAAAACAUCUGAUUUCGAUCAAUGCACAGAAGCAACAGGUAUCCUCGAAGAGCAAAUCCCUAUUGAAAAUUCACCAGGAAUGUCCAGAGAUGAAACGGGAAUUGAUGCAGCUAAUACCAAUGAGAAAACUCAGGAAUUACAGAAUGUCUCAAAUGAGGAUAGUGACAAGGACUUGCUAAUCAAAGUGGCUGACUCAGAAACGACACAUGAUAUAAAUUUGGAAGAGGAGCUGGAAACACCGCCACUAACUGAAACUUCAAAAGAUGAGGCCAGUGAUCACGAGUCCAUCCUGCUCGAGCCAAAAACUAGCAACGACUUUGCAAGCAAAGUUGAAUUGCUCAAUGAUGAGAAAAGUACAGACUGUACCACACCAAAGAAAGAGAGUUUGCAGCCUCAAGAUCAUAAAACACCUACUUCAAGUACAGCCAGAGAAACAACUUGUUCACUUGAAGAGCAAAACUUAGGGGAGAACUCCGAAACAAUCAUAAGCGACAAACUAAUUGACGCAAGUGCCGCUGAAAAGUAUGAUCUCACUCUUGAGAAUGUAGCCACAGAAACUCCACAUGAGCACAUUGAAGAGAACGUGGUAACCCAAGUGGAUAGCUCAGUAGGGAAACAUGAGGAACGCAUGGAAGAGGACAAUCAAAGUUCAUCUUUGAUAGAAGCUCCAGCAGAGGAAACCGAUGUCAUGGAAUCAAAAAAUAUUGAUGAACGCAAAAAUUGCGAAGAGUCAAUAAAACCUGAUUUGGAAAAUGGGGAGAAUACAAAAAGUAUAAUACAUGUGAAGGAAGAAUCAGAUGUGGAGACGCCUAUCGACUCCUUGCAAGUCAAGCCUGAUGAUGUUAAACAACAUGAUUCAGUUUCAGAUAUAAACGAAUCCAUCGAGGAAGAAAUCUCAAAUCCAGAUCCACAAGAAAUUUCAACUAACAAGGUAGAGAGAAAAUCUGUUGAUGCGACUCAAGCAAAUGAGGAAAAUGUGGAGACAAAGGAUGUCGCAAAAGAAAUUCCAGACUGUGACAAGGAAGAUAAGAUACCAAUUGAAGAAGUUGGUUCACAAAAUCCAUUGAACGAAGCUUUAGCAGGGAAUGCCAAUGAUGAUGAGUCAACAAAAAUUACUGAAGACUGUUUGAUCACGAAAGAAGAACCCCUCGAGUCAUUGCAAGUAGCAGAUCAGGACAUUGAAACACCUCCUUCAAGUAAAGACAGGGAAAUAGGUUCUCUAGAUGAGGAAAGCCCCACUACAAAUAUUGAAGCCAUCACUGACAAUAACAAAGAGGAGAUACCUAAUAAUACAACAGGGGAAGAGGAUGAAACGCCUAAGGAUAAGGAUAUUGUAGAGAAUAUUGUGGAGUAUGGAAAGGAAGAUAACAUGCCAUAUGAAGAAGUUGGGUUACAGAAUCCACUGAACGGAGCUUCGAGUGAGAAUGCCAACAUUGAGGAGUCACCAAAAAUCAAUGAAUGCAGUUUAAUCAAGGAAGAAGCAUCCCCUGAGUCAUUGCAAGAGGCAGAUCAGGAUAUUGAGACUUCUACUGAAGGCAGUUUGAUCAGGGAAGAGGUAUCUCUCGAGUCCUUGCAAGAGGUAGCUCAGGGGAUUGAGACCACCCACUUGGGUCAAGAGAGAGAAAUAAGUUCUCCAAAUGAGCAAAGGCCUCUUGAAGGAAUCAAGGAUGAUAACACAGAGGAGAUAGCUGAUAGUGAAACUAGUUUGGAGGUUAAAACUAACCAUGAGAUAACAAAUGAUCUGGACUUCCAGCAGAAUAUUGCAAAUACAACUCCACAUGAGGACAAAAAAGAGAGUACGCAAGUCCAAGAAGAUUGCUCACAGCAGGAACAAAAUGAGAGUAAAAACAUACCGUUUUCGGGAUCUCCAGCAGUGUCCUGCACUGUAAGUAGUCCAGUCAAAGAAGAAGAAAGAGUGAAAACCCCUACUGAAAAGAAAAUCCUAAGCGCCAAUCCACAAGGGACAUGUGAUGAAACACAUGAAAAUACUGUUAAUGCUGCUAAUAUAAACAAUAACUAUGCAGCAACUCCAGAUGAGGACACUAAAGAAGAUUCACGAGACCAAGUAGAUAACUUAGUACUGGAACAGGAAGAACAUUCAGAAAAGGAUAGUGAAAGCACAUCAUUAUCAGAUGCUCCAAAAGAUGAAAUCACAGAAAGCACGUUGGUUAAGGAAGUAGCAGAGGUUGAGGAUCCUAUUGACUCCUCGGAAGUAGCAACCGAGGAUAUCAAGGCAUUUGCUCCUUGUCAAGUCACAGAAAUAAGUUCCACUGUGGACCAAAUCAUAGAUACGAAAGAUAUCUCAAGUAACAAAAUAACAGAAAAGACAGUUGAUGCAUCAGACGAGGACACUCAAGAGGCUCAGGAUAUUGCAAAAAGUGUUCCACGGGAAUAUGGCACACCAAAUGAGCAAAAUACUGAAGCUAUAUUGAUAAAGGAAGAUGUAUCUAUUGGGUUACCUCGAAUAGUAGGUGAUGAAACUAGUUCAGUCCAAGAAGAAGAUAAAGUGGAAAUUCCUACUGAGGAGCAAACCCUAACUGAUACUCCACAAGGGAUAUGUGAUAAAACAGAAGAAAUAACUGUUGAUGCUGCUAAUAACAACAAUGAUCUUGUAAUAAGCUUUCCAAAUGGAGACAGUGAGGAUGACUCACCAAUUGAAGUGGAUGGCUUACAAGAACCUUUUUCUAAAGAAGUUCCUGCAGAAAAGAGCAAUGAUGAUGAACCAACUACUAGCCAUGAGGUUGAAUUUGCAAAUGAAAAUACUGUAAAAGCCAACUUGAAUGAAAAUGAGGAAAAACUAGAGUGUUCUCUGGUAAAGGAAGAAGCACAUGUUGAGUCAUUGCAGGUAGCAGAUAAGGAUGUUAAAGAUACUUCUUCAGGUCAAGAUAGAAAACCAAGCCAUUUAGAAGAGCAAGGCUCAACUAAAUAUUCUCAUGAAACCAUGGGUGAUGAAAGAUAUGCAAAGUCAUUUGAUUCAACUGAUCUGAAGCAAGAAACUCUUGCGGAUGAGAACCAUGCAGCCACCACUGAUGAGGACACUAAAGAAGAUUCACGAAACCAUGUAGAUUACUUACUAAUGGAACAGGAAGAACAUUCAGUAAAGGAUAGUGUAAGCACAUCAAUAUCAGAUGCUCCAAAAGAUGACAUCAGAGGAAGCACAUUGGCUACAGAAGUAGCAGAGGUUGAGGAUCCUAUUGACUCCUCUCAAGUAGCAACUGAGGAUAUCAAGGCAUUUGCUCCAUCUCAAGACACAAAAACAAGUUCCACUGUGGAACAAAUCACAGAUUCUAAAGAUAUCUCAAGUAACAAAAUAAUGGAAAAGACAGUUGAUGCAACAAGCGAGGAAAGUCAAGAGGCUCAGGAUAUUGCAAAAAGUGUUCCACGGGAAGAUGACUCACCAAAUAAGCAAAAUACUGAAGCUACGUUAAUGAAGGAAGACCAAUCUAUUGAGUUACCUCAAAUAGUAGCUGAGGAUAUAAAAGAACCUUGUUCAAGUGAAAUUAGGGAAGCAAAUGCUCAAGAAGAACAAAUUCCAUGUGCCAGUUCUGGAGUACUCAUCAAUGACAACAAAGAGAAGACAACAAUUGAUCCAACAAUCUUUAAAAAUGAAACACUUAACAAUGAGGUACCAGAAGUUUCUGAAGAAGCUGUUGAAAAGGCUCCAGAAGAGGUCAAAGAAAAGAUAUUUACAAAUGAAGCAAUUGAGAGAAUCCUCUACCAAGAAGAGCCGGAAACGAGCAUUGAGGAGCCUGCAACUAAAAUAGACUGUGAAAAUCCUCACAACUUAGACAUUGCAUGUGUGGAAACAGACACUCAAGAUUCAAGUAAAGAGGUUGUCCAAACAACAAUAAUCCCUGAGGGAGAAAAUGAGGAACAUAACAAGGAAGAUGAAAUUUGCAGCUCAGACGAACUGCAGACAACUACUCUGCAGGAACAUUUGAUACUUUCAGAAGGGAAAAGCAAGGAGGAAGCCAACAAAACCUAUAAAGAAGCCUGUGUUGAGGCUGAGCAGUUUGAUUUAUCAUCUCAAACCAAAGACAUAUCAGAAUGUGCAAUUAGUGAUGUUGGGCAGGAAACUCAGGAAGAGAAUGAAAAUUAUGCAGCAGAAAAGUCUUAUGAAGAGGAUGAUCCUAAACAAAUCACAGAAUGUGAAGUAUCCUCUGCUAGUGAAGACAUUAAAUUGACAGAACAAUCCUCAGAGGAUGCAUCCAUCACUGCUGAAGUUCUAGAAGCAAAAGCUGGGACUGAUUUGGGAGCUGCUGUUCCAGUCCCAGAAGCAACUGGAAUAGAAAGUCAAGAGGUGGAAGAAUUGAAUGAUAAAUGCACAGAGAUGGCAGACACCUCCACACCAAAUGAAACUUCCGUUGUGACAGCAUCAAAAAAUAUAGGAGAAAGUGCAGAAGGAGCCCCACUGGAGACCGAAGACCAACCGACCAAAGAUAUUGCACUAACUGAACAACUCUCAGAGGGUGCAUUUAUCACUGCUGAAGUGCAAGAAGAAAAAGAUGGGAUUUAUUUGGGGGCUGCUGUUCCAGUCCCAGAAGCAACUGGAUCGGAAUGUCAAGAGGUGGAAGAAUUAAAUGAUAAAUGCACAAAGAUGGCAGACACCUCGGCAACAGUGGAAAAUUCGGAGAUUUCCACAUUGAAUAGCAUAGGAGAGAGUACAGAACGAGCCGAAGUGGAGGCCAAAAACCAACAGGCCAAACUUCGUGACUUUCUAGAAGAAUCAAAUAUGAGGCAUACUGAAGUGAAGAUGGCAGGAAUAGAUGAUGCAGUGAAUCUUCAAAGUGUCGGAGAUACUGGCGAGGAUGUCCAGGACCAGGAAUUCUGUAAGGAAUCAUUUGGAGUGUCAAACAAUCAAAAUCCAGUGAAGGGAGAUCCAGAAGAAAGAUCAGAGACCAGUGAAGGAAAGGAAGCAAACCCAAUUCAAGCAGCACCUGCCUCGGAGAGUCUAGAGCAAGAAAUAGAAGAACAAAAACCGGGAAGGGAUACUGAGGACGUCCAUGAAGAAGAUACAAAUAUAUCUAAUAUCCCUAAUCAGUUAGAAAGUGUCUGUGGUGCAGAUACAGCAAAGCUCCCGGAAUCAAGCAAUUAUCAAAGUUCUGUUGAGAACACAGAUCAAUGUGACAGAUCAGUAAAUUGCUCACAACAGGAGCAAAAUGAGAGUGAAAGCAUACCUUCUUUGGAAGCUCCAGCAGUGUCCUGCACAGAAAGUAGUCCAGUCAAAGAAGAAGAAAAAGUGGAAAUCCCUACUGGCGAGCAAAUCCUAACUGCUAAUCCACAAGGGAAUGAUGAAACGCGAGAAAAAACUGUUGAUGCUGCUAAUGAAAACAAUAAUGUUGUAAUAAGCAUUCCAAAUGGAGACAAUGAGGAUAACUCACCAAUUAAAGUGGAUGGCUUACAAGAACAUUUUCCAGAAGAAGUUCCUGCAGAAAAGAUCAAUGAUGAUGAACCAACUACUGUCCAUGGGGUUGAAUUUGCAAAUGAAAACGCUGUAAAAGCCAACUUGAAUGAAAAUGAGCAGAAACCAGAAUGUUCUCAUGUAAACGAAGAAGUAUAUACUGAGUCAAUGCAGGCAGCAGAUGAGGAUGUUACAGAUACUUCUUCAGGUCAAGAUAGAAAAUCAAGACAUUUAGAAGAGCAAGCCUCAACUGAAUAUUCUCAUGAAACCAUAGGUGACGAAGGAUAUGCAAGAACAUUUGAUUCAACUGAUCUGAAGCAAGAAACUCUAGAGGAUGAGAACUAUGCAGCCAAUCCAGAUGAGGAAACUAAAGAAGAUACACGAGACCAAGUAGGUGGCUUACUACUGGAACAGGAGGAACAUUCAGAAACGGAGAGUGAAAGCACAUCAUUAUCAGAUGGUCCCAAAGUUGACAUCACAGAAAGCACGUUGGUUAAGGAAGUAGCAGAGGUUGAGGAUGCUAUUGACACCGCUCAAGAAGCAACAGAGGAUAUCAAGGUAUUUGAUCCAUGUCAAGACAUAGAAAUAAGUUCCACUGUGGAGCAAAUCACAGAUUCGAAAGAUAUCUCAAGUAACAAAAUAACAGAAAAGACAGUUGAUGCAACAAGCGAGGAAAGUCAAGAGGCUCAGGAUAUUGCAAAAAGUGUUCCACGGGAAUAUGACUCACCACAUGAGCAAAAUACUGAAGCUAUAUUGAUAAAGGAAAAAGAAUCCAUUGAACUACCUCGAAUAGUAGCUGAGGGGCGUAUUCCAGUCCAAGAAGAAGAAAAAAUGGAAAUCCCUACGGAGGAGCAAAUCCUAACUGUUAAUCCACAAGGGACAUGUGAUGACACACAGGAAAUUGCUGUUGAUGCUGCUAAUAAAGACAAUGAUGUUGUAAUAAGCGUUCCAAAUGGAGACAAUGAGGAUAACUCACCCAUUGAAGUAGGUGGCUUACAAGAACCUUUUUCUGAAGAAGUUCCUGCAGAAAAGAUCAAUGAUGCUGAACCAACUACUACCCAUGAGGUUGAAUUUGCAAAUGAAAGCAUUGUAAAAGUCAACUUGAAUGAAAAUGAGGAAAAACUAGAAUGUCCUCAUGUAAACGAAGAAGUAUAUAUUGAGUCAUUGCAGGUAGUAGAUGAGGAUGUUAAAGAUACUUCUUCAAGUCAAGAUAGAAAACCAAGCCAUUUAGAAGAGCAAGCCUCAACUAAAGAUUCUCACGAAACUAAGGGUGAUGAAAGAUAUGCAAAAUCAUUUGAUUCAACUGAUCAGGAGCAAGAAACUCUUGAGGAUGAGGCCAGAAUCAUAGUCAACUAUGCACCCACUACAGAUGAGGACACUAAAGAAGAUUCACGAAGCCAAGUAGAUGACUUACUAAUGGAACAGGAAGAACAUUCAGUAAAGGAUAGUGAAAGCACAUCAGUCUCAUAUGCUCCAAAAGAUAACAUCGCAGAAAGCACAUUAGUUAAGGAAGUAGCAGAGGUUGACGAUCCUAUUGGCACAGAAAUAGUAACUGGGGAUAUCAAGGCAUUUUCUCCAUGUCAAGAUACAGAAUUAUGUUCCACUGUGGAGAAAAUCAUAGAUUCGAAAGAUAUCUUAAGUAACAAAAUAACAGAAAAGACAGCUGAUGCAACAGGCGAGGAAACUCAAGAGGCUCAGGAUAUUGCAAAGAGUGUUACACGGGAAGAUGACUCACCAAAUGAGCAAGAUACUGAAGCUACGUUGAUGAAGGAAGAGCUAUCUAUUGAGUCAUGUCGAAUUGCAGCUGAGGAUAUAGAACCUGGUUCAAGUAAAAUUAGGGAAACAAAUUCUCGAGAAGAACAACUCCCAUGUGCAAGUCCUGGACAAGUCAUCAAUGACAACGAAGAGAAGAAAACAACUGAUCCAACAAUCUUUGAAAAUGAAAUUCCUAAGAAUGAGGAAAGGAGCUUAAACUUAACAGCCGAAGAGACCACCCCCUGUACAGAAGAUAUGAAUGUCAAUAAAGUUAUCAUUGGCCAUAUUCCUGAAGUUACCGAUGACAAGCAACAGGAUUCACCAGUCAUGAAAGUGCCAGAAGAAAAUAUUAUGCAAAGCAACGAGAAUGUGUUAGAUGGUAACAGUAUGGGAUCUGGGGUUUCAGAGAAGAUUAGAGAUCAAGUUGACGGAGAAGCAAAUAGUUGUGGUGACAAAACGGACUUGGAGAAAAUAGAAGUGCUAAAUGAUGGCCCCUUGGCAGUACCAACAAGUGAAACUUUGGCAGAAAUUGAAUCAAGAGGAUGUACAGAGACGGAGGUCCAAGUUCCAAAGGGAGAAAAGGAAGCAGAAUUCAAACGAGAGGCAGAAAACGACCAGAAGAAUAUAGACACAACACUUCCUGAUUAUGCUGCAUCUGAGAAUGUCUCGGAAUUGAAGGAGGUGAAUGGCGAAGAAGAAAUAGCUUCAAAUAACUGUGCAGAGAUUUUAAGCAGUCCCAUCUCUGUGGCCUCGGAGGAAGUCUCAACAUCUAAUGUGGCAUUAGAGGAAGACUCGACCUACAACACAGUUACACAUCUUGAUGUACAAGAAGCUUCAGCAAUCAAAGAGACAACUCCCUCGUCUGCAGGUCAACAUGCUGAAAGUAUAUGUGUUGAGGAAAACUACGUUUGUAGCUCGACUAAGGAAGAGUCAGAUUCAAAUGAAGUUGCAUUUAUUCCUGGGGAAAACAAAAGUGGACUUGAAUCCAGUAACACGGGGCUCGAAUCUAUUUCCCAAGGUCAACAUUGUGACAUAAUUUCAAAAACAGAGGAAGAAGAUCUUAAAGCAGAAGCAGAAUUACAAUCUGACAAAGCUGUUACAGAGGAGAUAUUACAAGAAGAAACUACCAGUAAGAAAGAAACCAUGAAGGAAGACAUUUCAAGGGAGAAAGAACAAUUACCAAGAAUCAAGGAAGAACAUGAAGAUAUAAAAGAUUAUCAUCAAGGUUCUUAUGAAGUCGAGGUAAUUAAAGAGAGUCACAAAGAAGAUGAUGUUAUGAAAGAUCAAAACAUAAACAGCAAAGAAACAUACGAUUUCACAAAACAUGGAAAUAAUGCAGAAACGGUACCAGAAGUUUCUGAAGAAGCUGAUGAAAAGGCUUCAGAAGAUGUCAAAGAAAAGAUAUUUGCAAAAGAAAAGAUUGAGAGAAUCCUCCACCAAGAAGAGCAGGAAACGAGCAUUGAGGAACCUACAGCAAAAAUAGACAUAUCAUGUGUGAACACAGGCACACAAGAAUUAAAUAAAGAGGUUGUCCAAACAACAAUAAUCCCUGAGGAAGAAAGUGAGGAACAUAACAAGGAAGAUGAAUUGUGCAGCUCAGAUGAAGUGCAGGAACAUUUGAUACUUUCAGAAGGGAAAAGCAAGGAGGAAGCCAAAGAAGCCUGUGUUGAGGCUGAGCAGUUUGAUUUAUCAUCUCAAACCAAAGAAAUAUCAGAAUAUGCAAUUAGUGAUGUUGGGCAGGAAACUCUGGAAGAGAAUGAAAAAUAUACAACAGAAAAGUUUUAUGAAGAGGAUGGUCCUAGAAAAAUCACAGAAUGUGAAGUAUCGUCUACUAGUAAAGACAUUAAAUCGACAGAACGAUCCUCAGAUGAUGCAUCCAUCACUGCUGCAGUUCAAGAAGCAAAAGCUGGGAUUGAUUUGGGGGCUGCUGUUCCAGUCCCAGAAGCAACUGGAAUAGAGAGUCAAGAGGUGGAAGAAUUGAAUGAUAAAUGCACAGAGAUGACAGACGCCUCCACACCAGAUGAAACUUCCAUUAUGACCGCAUCAAAAACGAUUGGAGAAUGUACUGAAGGAGCACCACUGGAGGCAAAAGACCAACAGACCAAAGACACUGGACUAACUGAACAACUCUCAGAGGGUGCAUGCAUCACAGCCGAAGUGCACGAAGCAAAAGAUAGGAUUUAUUUGGGGGCUGCUGUUCCAGUCCCAGAAGCAACUGGAUCAGAAGAAAGAACAGAGACCAGUGACGGAAAGGAAGCAAACCCAAUUCAACCUGCACCUGUCUCGGAGACUUUAGAGCAAGAAAUAGAAGAACAAAAACUGGGAAGGGAUACUGUGGGCAUCCAUGAAGAAGAGACAAAUACAUCUAAUGUCCCUAAUCAGUUAGAAAGUAUCUGUGUUGCAGAUACAGAAAAGGUCCCAGAGUCAAGCAUUCAUCAAAGUUCUGCAGAGAAUACAGGUCAAUGUGACAAAAAAGAAGGAAAUCAACAAAUUGACUCCCCUCUUGUCUUACCACAUGCCCAAUGUUCAGACAUCAAAACAUCAGAGAAUGAGCCACAAUAUGUUGGAGGUUUGGCUAGCGCUGAUGUAACAGAAUUGGAGGCAUCCCCUCUUUCUUUGAAAGAUAAGCAUGUCGCUCUGGAAGCAGAUGAUAUCAGGUAUUUGAUUCUUGAGAACCAAGAUGGCGACAAGAAUAUAUCUACAGAAUAUUCCCAAGGUGAACAUGAAGUAGAGAGACCUUCUAAAGUUGAGAAAGAAAGAGAGGAAUGCAGAAAUGAGGAAAGAAACGACCAGCAAAUAGAAGGGAAGCCUGAAUCAGAGGAGACUGACAAACCUUCAUUGUCAGACCUUCUUCAGGUAUCUAUGAAAGGAACCUCGGAGAUGGCAGAUCAUUCUCCCACUGAACAUGAGCCAACCUGCCACACUGAAGACAUGCGUGCUGAAAACACUGGUGAGGUUGAGCAUGAAAACAUUAAAACGGAUGAGGAGAAAGAUGAUGAAGACGAACCACGUGAACCAAAAUCGGACUUAGGUUCCGAAGCACCAGUCAUGGUGGAUACUGGAGAUACAGACCUGAAAGUAGCUCAUAAGAAAUCUCACAACAUACUUUCAGGCGUUGGAUCAAAAGUGAAGCAUUCAAUUGCCAAAGUGAAGAAAGCCAUUACAGGCAAAUCUCCAAAAAAAAGUGACAACUCCAGAAAGUAAAUAAGUUCUGCUUUCACUUAAAGUAUAGUUUGAAGUUUUACAAGUUUAAAGCAUAGCUUGAAUUUUGAAUAAUUUUUUUCAACUUUUCGAUUUGGCUUGUUUUCAAGUGUUUGCAAAAAAAUUACAUUAUUUUCUACUUUUUUGGCUUGGCAGUGUAUCUUGUUUUGUAAGUUUGUACAUUGUUGUGGAACUUCAUAUGAAUUUUGUAAUGCUAAUAAAGUUUUUCUUUAUGAUA